AGUGGAUACUAGUGAAACGUGGAGGAGGUGUGGGCGUGGCUCCUCCUGCAUUACUCACCCACCCUGUGUGUUUCCUUUUCCUCCUCCUAAAAGUUGACUUGCAUAAGAAAUGCUCUUCGUGAAACGGUGACUAGUGACAAUGAAACAAGAGAAACAAAGUGGAGUCAAUACCGUUACGGCGUGAAGGAGUGCAAGGGUCCUGUCUGAGAAGACUGGAUGAGGUAAUGUUGAGCACGAUGCCCAGUCUGGCGAGGUGACACGGUAAUAACUUGACCUGGACAUAUCCAAGGAGGAUAUCACUGAACAUUGCUCGUGAUAUUAGUGCCACUGGUAUACUUUACUAGUUUACAAGAUGGAAUUUACAUUACGAGAAAAGAUACGAGAGAUUUAAAUGCAGGAUGUCCUUCAAUGAGUUCAGCAGCAGUUCAAGAUCUGGGCCGCUCGUGGGUCGAUCAUUUUCCUUGGUUGUGGAAUGAAUCAUUCUUGUAUCCUGAGCGCGACCAGUCUCCGCCGUAACGUCAAACUAACAGUUCAGUGUAACGAGGUUCUGCGGCCUUUCAAGACCCACACCAUGCCACCUCUGCGACAUCAAGUGAAAAUGGACGUCAUCGCCUCGGAAAGUGUCCCAAGUGCGUGGUGGGUUCCGGUACUCAUCUCUACCUUGCAGUGCCUUCGUGGUGAAAAGUGGCGCCUACCUAACACUGCCUCAACGUGACGUAAGCAGGAAAGAUGGAGGUGGAUUCUUGGGUGAGUGUGCAGGCCAGAAGGGAACGGUUUGAGCAGCUAUAUGAAGACAGUCCUAUUGUUUCCCCUCAAAAUGCUCCUCCUUUCCACCCAACACCAAGACCCAGAACCCUAUCUGUACCCUACAAGAAUUCACCAAACUGUGAUGAACUCAGGACAUCACGAGCUAAAAACACUCCAAUUAUUAAUCAUGAAUCAAACUAUAAAUUGUUAAAAUAUGCUUCAAAUAAUGACUCUUGUUUGGGAAAUUCUGAGGUGCCUUUUUCUGGAAAAGUUCUCAAGAAUAUUAAAAUGAAAGAGCAAGGUAUUCAUUCAGGUAAAAAAGAUGAAGUAUCUGCAGAGAGCAAUGCAACACCCAUAUCUAGUGCCACAAAGAAAACCUCAGUGUUCAAACCUUCCAGUUCAAUUACUAACAGAAGAGAUAUGCAAGAUGAAGGAGCAGAGACACCUACAAGUGACACUCAAGGAAAGAGAGGACGAUUUUUUUCUCAUAUGCGUUCAAGGUCUCAUGGAAACUUUGCAUUGAAAAGAGAUUCAAGUGCAGAAACAAGCACCACAGUAGGCCAGCAGAAUGGUGUCAUGGGACUUAAAGAAAACAAAGUUCACUGGCUUACCCCUAAGUAUAAACAAAGAAGUAUAGAUAAUUUGUUGAGCGGUGAAGAUUCUAAGUGUAUUUCAUCAUUUGAAGGCAAGCAAAAGCUUGUGUCGAAUGUUGUGAAAAACAUGAAAAACAAAGAAACACCAACCGUAUUGAGAAAAUUCAGCUUUUCAUCGAAAAAUGAAAAAGAUGUGAAAAAUAAGGAAAAUAAGGAAAAAUCUCUUCUUCCAAAUACCAAACAUAAGCAAUCUAGUAUUUUCUCCUCAGUAUCAGACAAAUCAAACAAUCAUAAGUCUAGUAGUAGGGAUUCAGGAAUUAACAUGGAUCACAGAUUAACCACAGAGGAAAAAACUUCAAAAACCAAAUCUCAUGCAUCAGAUAUAGCUAUAGUUCCAGUCUUAAUUGCAAAAGCAGUGGCAGAGGUUGCAUCCAAAAGAUGUGCUGCACAAACAUAUGAUAAAACUGGCAGUGCAUCAUCCUUGUCCAGUGAAGACAGGCUUUGUGACCCACCUGCAAGACCUCCACGGCGGAGGGCAGCAGGUCUUGGUCCAAAUCCUCGGAGGAAGAGUAAGGCACCUUCUCCUCCCAGUCAAUCCUCACCCAUUGCAAUCAGCCAGAAUCAAGAAAUUCAUGGUGACUCAGUAUAUCAGAUUUCUUCACCUGAUGCAUCUCCUGACAUCACCUCAAGAAGAUUUAGGGAUUCAACUGAUCACUUUAAAUCGUGUGAAUCUAUUGCGUCAUGUCACUCUCCAGAGAGGUCUUUUGAGAAUUUACAUGAAACUUUACAUGUAACCUCUACCCCAGUGAGCAAGUGCACAAGUUCCAUUGAUUCAAAACCUAGAUGCAAAUCUUCAAGUGGACAAAGACAUAGGGAUGAUGACAAAAAAGGAGUCUUCAAAAGUGAGAUUCUAUCAGUAAACUUGAAAAAUGUUAAAGGAAAUUCAGAGGGAAAAAAUCACCAAGAUAAGAAUGACACCUCAGAACAAAAAAGCACCACAGAGGUUGAAGGCUUGCCACCUGGUCCACCUCCUAAGAAACCUCCAAGAACUUUUGCCUAUGACAUUUACAAAAAUAUUAGCAUGCCUUCACUUGAAAUUGAAAGUGACGAAGGUAAUAAGAAGGAGAAGACUGAGGAAAAGAGUUCCCCACCAAUUUAUGCUGUACCAGUCAAAAAAAAGAGUAACAAGAUGACCCUUAAACCCCCUGUUAGAAGCAAAAGUGAUCUAUCCAAGGAAAGUAAUAAACCAUCAGUUGCUCCUAAACCUCCACAUGUUCUGGCCAAGGCUAAGAGAGCUUCCUUGGUUGACCCUCUUUCCAAUGUAGAGAAAGAUGAAGAAGCAGCCAUUACAUCAGAGUUUCAGCGACAAGCACAUGUUCGUUACAGCCUUCGAAAACUAAACCAGUCAUCACCUACUUCAUCCCGUGAUAAAAGAGAAAAUACUCAGGACAACUCACAUUCAGAACAUGUGGACAGUUCUUCAGAGAUUCCUUAUCAUCCUGACUAUUCCACAAUUGACUAUGAAGAUGAUAAUGAUCUUACAGUAGAUUAUAGUAGGCCAAAAAGAGACUCUAGUUCCAAGGUCAGUAGUUCUCCAGAAUCAGGAGAAAUCAAAAGCCAGCUCAUGGGUAAAUCUUCUCUGAAUAAAGAUAACUAUCACAGUGAAUAUGAAGACAUUGCACCUAUUACCUCAUCCAGUUUAUCCACUGAAAAUGAGCAACCAUUAUCUCUGACAUACUGCUUUGCCAAUGCUCCUCUGCCUGAUGUGACACACUUGCACACCAAACGCAGCAUGAGUGAUGAAACUCUCUACAAGGGAUGCAAGAAAGAAGAACCUGUGUAUGCAACACCCUCAUUUAAGACUAAUAACUACCAAAGAGAUCAAACAAGUCAAAAAGAACUCCACUACAUGUGUUCCGUCCUUUUCACUGAUGAGGAGGAUGCAGAUGCUGGUCGGGACAGAGCUGAAUGCAGGAUCAGAAGGAACAGCAUCCAAGGAAGGGAGAUCUCUGGUACAGAGGCUGAGGAUGCCAGUAAAGGAAGAUCAAGCUUGAUAUCAGCCUGGAAGAGAGAGUUUCGUCAGAGUUGCCGCCAAGUUCAGAGCAGAAUUAAAAAAACUGUCAUCAGAUAGUAUGAACUGUGUACUUUUACAUACCUAUUUUUUUCUAUUAUAUGAAAGGAUAAGAAUUUGGGAUUUGGUGAGUUCUCCACUAAGCUUUAAUCUUCUACAUGGGAGAGGUGUUGGGUUAUGAAUGGACACACUGAACUCAGGAGCCUCUCAUAUGUAGUGUGUUGUGAGGAUGAAUGUGUUGUGAUACAAUAUGUACUGUAUUGUAAAGAAUUGAUAGACCAAAGUUAUACUAAGUGUAUCUGUAUUGGUAGUUAUCAGCAAAAGCAUGAUAAAUUACUGAAAAAAAGUUAUGUACAUACCUCUUCUUGGGUAAAUACUCAACAAAGUUAAAAAAAAAAAAAAAAAAAAAGAGUGAACCUAAUAAAAAAAAAUUUUACAUUUACACUUAAAUUCAUGUACGAUUAAACAUAUUGCUUUCAAGGAUGUGUACUCGUGGACUCCUCAACUGUGAAAUGCUUUGGCUUCUUAAUAUAAAGUAACAUAAUUUUGCAAGGAAAGGCAUCAAAUAGUCAUCAGGUUUCACUCAGCCUGUAGAAAACACCAGAAUAUCAAAUAGAAAUGAAUCAUAUUACUUGAAUAUUAAAUUGAUUAUGGAAUUGCUGUAUCAAAGUAAAGCAAUUUGAAUGCCUGAUAACAUUACAGAUCUUGAACCUUUGUAGACCUGAUGGAAAUCUUAGCAUGACAAGGCUGCAUGUUAUAGCACUUUGUAAAUAGAUUUGGGUCUAAUGACGAAAAAUACAUCUGGUCAUACAUGAAUUGCUGUAGUUAUAAUUCAUUAUACAAGCAAUAUAUGUAUGAGUGAUAUUAAAAAUAAAUAUUAUCAAGUUCAUA